AAAUCUUAUCUCUUUUAUCGGUUUCUAACACUACUUAUCAGCAAGCACCCAAUUUCUUCGUUAUUGCAUUUUUCUUUUUCUUUUUUUGUUUUUAUCCCUUGUCUGUUUCCCCGUAACACAUUUUUUGUGGCUAUUACUUUUUGUAAAACGUUUAUUCUUAGUUUUGGGUUCUGUGGCUGUUUGCUCUUGAAUGGCUUUUCUGCCAAUUCUUCCCAUGUCAGAACCUGAAUCUUGUACUUGCAUGCCCCUUGUCUGAAAGCAGCAAAAAAUCAAUGUUUCCUAAUGGUUUGUUUUACCGUACAUGUUACUUUCCUUUUCCCUGAGAUAUGGAAAGCCACUCAGAUAUGUGUCCGGAUGCAGGUGACAACAAUGGAGCUGAAGGUAGAUCUUCAGUGCCGUCGCUGCUAUAACAAGGUCAAGAAAGUACUCUCUAAGUUCCCUCAAAUACGAGACCAGCGAUUCGACGAGAAGGCCAACACGGUGACUAUCACGGUCGUAUGUUGCUGUCCGGAGCAGCUCAGGGACAAGUUAUCCUGCAAGGGUGGCGGCUCCAUCAAGGGCAUUAAGAUCAUCAAACCACCUCCAACAAAACCAAAACCUGAUCCACAACCAAAACCUGAUCCACAACCAAAACCUGAUCCACAACCACAACCUCCACUGCUACCAUGUUUUUGCAUGCGAUGUCAUCGUGUCUGUGUUUGGGGACCUUGCUGCUGUGAUGGACCACCCCCACCAAAACCUCCACUGCUACCAUUUUGUUGCAUGCGAUGUCAUCGUUUCUGUGUCUGGGGACCUUGCUGCUGUGAUGAACCAUCCCCACCACCUCCACGCCCAUGUUGCGGGACUUUUGGUAGGCCAGUUUGUGAUAACUGGAGCUGUAAUGUGUGCCGCGGUGAUUGUUCUAGCGAUGCUUGCUUAAUUAUGUAAAACACGUACGCCAGUUUCAUGACUGUUUUUAUUCUAAUGUAUUGUUAACUUGUAUUAUUUAUGUGAUAUAGUUGUCAAUAUAUGCGUAUAGAACAAUGUUAAGUUGUAAUUACAAUUAUAAAAGCAUCUUAAAUUUAA